AUCAGGCUUCGUCUCAUUUCGAUUGUCUGACAGAACCAGAGUCAAGUCGAUGGCAAUUUCACACUUCUUAGGUUUAGCCAUUGUGCUUUCUAAUUUCUGGAUAGGGUACGGCGCUAGACAAAAUAAUGCUGACGUGUGCGUGUGCAGCGUGACGGCCAAGCGGUGGGUGAGGACAUACGACGACACCGACCUCGUCCUCCAGCUGCCCUGCACCUACCGACUGACCGAGAUCGAGGCUCGCAGCGGCUGCAACAUGGUGGUGUCUGCAACCACAGACAGUCUGUUCGGCUUCGGCACGGCGGUCGACUUGAAGGGUCUCCAGUUCUCCGUCCACAAAGGACAAUACGGGGUGUUCGGGACCAUCGACGAUCACGGGAUUACGAAACAGAACACGACAACUGGUCACAGCAUCGGCUUCAGUCUCCCCGUCAACUUCAGGAAUGGCGACCUCGACGUGCUGUGCUACAUGGACGACGACAACGCCUACAACAUCUACGUACCGCUCUGCGACACCGUGCUCCGUUACCACAGCAACGGGUUCGCGCUCGUCGGCUCGCUGAUGGGCAAUGCUCGGGUGGGAAAGAAUCUGAUGUGCGGCAACUGCGACGGCGUUCAGAACGAGCUGACGAUGUUACCGUACAACAUCGCCGACAACGUGCACUCGCUGGAGGACUUGGCGGCGGCCAAACUCUACUACACGUCGCUGCAGAUCAGCGGAGAUUCCAGGAGGUGUAUCGACUACAAAAGCCACCUGUACCGGUGUUACCCCAGGGAUGCCGUGUCCGUCCUCAAAAUCUGCUCACGGGUGCUCACUGGAACCAGUGAAAUGGGACAGUGUCUGCGCACGCGCGCAGGACGCCAGCUACUGUACAACACUUUCUUUGAGUGUGUGAAAGCUUCCUGCCGACGCCGAAAGACGUCCGGAUUAGCUGGGUGUUUGGUUAUCAAGAACAUAGCUCUUCUGUUUACCUGUUACUACCCACACGAAAUGAAGUGUUAAACAUCAGUUCAAAGUCAAUGUUUUCUCUGUUACUACCCACACGAAAUGAAGUGUUAAACAUCAGUUCAAAGUCAAUGUUUUCUCUGUUACUACCCACACGAAAUGAAGUGUUAAACAUCA